AUGGCCACCAUCCUCGAGUCCCCGUUCCCCGCUUCGACCAAGCAGUCAGCCUGCCUCAUUGAUGGCAUUCACACCGACUGCAGCGUAAUCUCCUUUGCCGAUAAGAUCGUCAUAACGCUGACGCAACAAGGCCGCCUUGCGCAAUGGUUCCAUGUACCCCUCGACGGACACCAUCCCGGCCUGCUCGAAGGCAAGUCACCCGACGACGAAGACGGGCUUCUCCCACUAUCACAUUUGACGCCAACCACCCUCCUUGGCGGAACUGUCCAGGAGCGGGAGGCGCUUGGGCAGACAAUUGCCGUCCAGCUUGCAUCUGUUUUGGCGAUGCGCAGGAAGGAGGAGGGGCGGAUGCUAGUUGUUGGGUUGGGGCUGCAGCAGAAGGAGCUGGACGGGGAUGCGUUUGUGAAGUUGGUAGAGCUGGUGGGAGACUCCCUACAAAUCAAAAGCCUCAGCUCCUCUGUCACAAUGGCCGAAGUUACUACCACCACCACAAUCGCUUUUGCAGCCCAGUCUGCAUACCACAUCAGGACACAGCUCCCCCCCGCUCUCUCCAAACCUUGUAUCGGUAUCAUCUGUGGGUCUGGACUCGGUGGUCUUGCAGAGACUCUUCACAGCUCUCCUCAAUUCGAAAUCUCUUACACCAAGAUCCCCAACUUCCCCCACUCCACCGUUGUCGGUCAUGCCGGUAAAUUUGUCUUUGGCCUACUCGGCGAGAAGAAGACCCCCGUCGUGAUGAUGGUUGGCCGUGUACACUUCUUCGAAGGACACUCGAUCGAGAAAGUGACCUUCCCCACCCGCGUCAUGAAGCUUCUUGGUAUCAGCACCAUCAUCGUCACAAACGCUGCUGGCGGGCUCAACCCCGCUUACUCCGUUGGCGACAUGAUGAUCAUCAACGACCACAUUAAUCUUCCUGGACUCUCUGGGGCGCAUCCUCUCCGAGGACCCAAUAAUGAUUCCUGGGGCCCGCGCUUCCCCGCCCUUUCGGAUGCAUACGAUCUCGAGCUGCGAAAGGUUGUGCACCAGAGCUAUAAGAAGCUGCCGGGCACGACAGAGACCCGGAAGCUUCAUGAGGGCGUGUAUGUAUUUGUAUCCGGGCCGUCGUACGAGACCCGUGCGGAGUGUAGGAUGCUGAAGAUGAUGGGCGCGGAUUGCGUGGGUAUGAGUACGGUGCCUGAGAUCAUUGUGGCGCGGCACUGCGGGCUUCGGGUGUUGGCAAUGAGUCUGGUGACGAAUAAAUCAGUGUUGGAGGAGGGACCAAGAGGUGAUGCGGUCUUGGUCGAGGGGAAGGAUGUUGGCGAACUGAAGGGUGUAAUGGAGGUGGGGAAGGCAAAUCACGAGGAGGUUUUGGAAACUGGAAAGGAGGCGGCCAAGGAUAUGCAGGCGCUGAUCAAGCAGUUUGUGGACGAUAUCUCAGGAUAG